GGAGAAUGAAGAGGACUGGGGUGCUAUGCCAGGCACUGCUGCUCUCCCUUGUAGGGAAUUUGGGGGCUAUUGAUAAGGGACUGUGUGAGUAAGUGAAUAGGGGACUUGUGGGAGAAGUCAUGUGCAUGUAGGUUCAUGUGAUUGAGGGUGGAGGACAUGUUUGGGGCACAUAUGAAUGAAUGUGGAGGAUGUAUGUUUGGGGACACAGGUAGGUGUCUUAGGGCUAGCCUAAAGAGAAAUAGGCUGUAUCUAAAGGGCAAAGAUUCCCUUUGACCUGAGGUCUUCCAGAAGAGGCUGGUUGGCCACACAUGUGGGCUUCUUAGACUAGAUGGCCUCUGUAGUCCUCCCCCCCACCCCGGGACUGUGUGUGAGAGAUAGCAUGUUUUGAAGGGGAUGCAUACACAAGUGGCAUACACUUGUAGGAUAGUACACGAGAAGGAAUGUGGGGGACACAUGAGCUUGGGAGCAAGACAUAGAGUGGCCCCUGUGGAUCACGGCCAUGGGCCAAAAUUAAGAGUGAAAAAAGUCGAAUCUUGGGAGGCAAGGACACACGUCCUGGGGCCUGGCCCUGGAUGGUCAGCAUGCAGCUGAUUACCAAUAGUGGCCAAAGGUCCCAUGCUUGUGGGGGCUCCCUAUUGACCCCAACCUGGGUGCUCACAGCUGCACACUGCUUCAAGGGCACCAGGGACCUGAGUCAGUGGCGUCUGGUUGUUGGUGCUUGGGAGGUACAGUGGGCAGCAGCAGCCACCCUCAGCAACCUUGAGCAGGAGCGGAAAGCAGUCCGUAUUCUGCUACAUGAGCAGUACAACUCUUGGACUGAGAACAAUGACAUUGCACUGGUAGAGAUGAAUAAGCCUGUUCACUGUGGCUACCUGGUCCAAAUUGCCUGUCUACCCCGGCCUUCAGAUGAUCCAGUCAAGGACUCAGAGCCCUGUAUCAUUGCUGGCUGGGGAUACAAAGAGGAGAAUGCUUCGCAGCCUGCAGCUGUUCUGCAGGAAGCAGAGGUGAAGAUCAUUAGUUUGGAAACAUGUAAUGGGACUGAGUGGUACCAAGGAUUCAUUCACUCGAACAACCUGUGUGCUGGCUACCCAGAGGGUAAAAUCGACACUUGCCAGGGGGACAGUGGUGGGCCACUCAUGUGCAAGGACAAAAGCAGUAACACCUUUGUGGUGACUGGCAUCACCAGCUGGGGCACAGGCUGUGGCCGGGUGAAACGGCCGGGGGUCUACACAUCCACGGGGAACUUUCUGGAGUGGAUCACAUCCAAGAUUGGAGCUGAUGCUGUGUUUGAUGACAUGCCUUCACCAGUCAAGAACCCCAUAUUAAUGCCUCAUAGAGGGAGACCGGGGAGAGGGGUGACUCCAAAAAGUAGGAGUUCUUUCAUUCAAGCAAAAUGGGGCAUCCCCAAAGAUAAAUGGGGCCCCUUCCUCCCUUGACCUCUCUCCAUCUGUCCCUCACCCCCAAGAGGGAGGGCUAUGGCCCUAUCACAGACAGGAGUUUGCAACCUUACCUUUCAUUCAGGCACAUUUCUAGCAGGGAUGCUUAAGCGUUCUCAGGGUCAUUUUCUCUCCUGGUCUUUCAACUUCCAAUGUCAUUGGCUCUCUAUUUCUUUAGCUGAUGUAGGAAGAGACAAGCCCAGUUCUCUAUCCAGUAUGUUUUGGCAUUUUCCCUUGAUGGCUACCGUUUUGCCUAAUCUUGCCCAUAAAUGGGUGUCCUUUCCUCUAAUCACAUUAGAUCAUGGGGAAGAGAGGAAUCAGUUGUCUGGCCAUGGCUUGCCAAAGCCCCAUGACCCUCCAAGCCAGAACCCUUCAUCCCACUUCUAUCUUUUAAUCCAUUGACAAAUUUCCCCUGUGGGAUUUCUAUGCUCAUGUUGACUUAUACCAACUGUACCUUUAAGGCCAACAUAUUUCUCAGGUAUGAGCUGAGUCAAGGAACAUACUACCACAUUCACCGCUAAUAGUUCAAAUCAGGCUGUUUAUUGGGUAAAGUCUAUAUGCAGGAAUACAGACAGAUUUUGACACAGAGUUGCCUCCACAGCCCCAGAUUCCACAACUCUGGAAUAGGUAGGGGCACAGAUGGUAACCAGUGUACCAACUGCAAGAUACAUAGACUAUGUGAGACCAGUGUCUCUUAGCUGAAGGUGAAUAUGGAGCUGGACUUUUAAUACAACAGCCUUUAUGAGUCAGCACAAAUGAAUCACUUCAGUUCAUAGCAUCAAGAAAUGAACCCAUAGGAAUCAAGAAUUGUAGUGUGAAUAAAUACUGAAGCUUGACAAAUCAUC